GCGACGCAGUUACGGAGCUCCGCGCAUGCGCGGCGGCCCCGCUCUCCCCAGCAAUAUGGCCGCCGGGCUUCCGUGGGUGAAAAGUCUGAGUCAGCCUCGUCUGCCCGCCGCCCCCUGACAGCGCCCCGCCGCCCCGCACCAUGGCCGAGCCGGCCACCGACUCCCCCCCGCCGCAGCAGCAGGACGUGGCCAUGCUUCAGCAGCGACUUAAGGAGUUGGAGCAGGAAAAGGCAGAUUACAUGCGCAGAAAAGAACAGCUGGAAUUCGAAUUCAAUCAGAAGAGAGCCAAAUUCAAGGAGCUGUACCUCGCAAAAGAAGAGGAGCUGAAGCGGCAGAAUGUUGCAUUGCAGUCGGCAAAAGGUGAUGUAACUCUGCUGCAGGUCCAGCUCAUGGAGGCAAAUGCUGAUAUGGAGAAUAUAAAAGCAGUAGCUGCAGUUUCUGAGACGACCAAACAGGAAGCAAUUGAUGAUGUGAAAAAGCAAUGGCAGGAAGAAGUAGCUUCAAUGCAGGCUAUAAUGAAAGAGACACUGAGAGAAUAUGAGAUUCAGUUUCAUCACCGCCUGGAGCAGGAACGCUCACAGUGGGGACAGUAUAAGGAAGCAGUGGAACGUGAGUUGACUGAUCUAAGGAGACGUGUAUCUGAAGGACAAGGAGAGAACAACUUAGAAAAUGAAAUGAAGAAAGCUCAGGAAGAUGCUGAGAAGUUACGAUCAGUGGUGAUGCCCAUGGAGAAGGAAAUAGGAGCUCUCAAAGAAAAGCUAUCAAUAGCUGAAGACAAGGUUAAAGAGCUAGAAGCCUCAAAGGUUAAAGAGCUGAAUCAUUACCUCGAGACAGAGAAAUCCUGCAGGACAGAUCUGGAAAUGUAUGUUGCCGUUCUCAACACUCAGAAAAGUGUGCUGCAGGAAGAUGCAGAGAAAUUGCGCAAAGAACUGCACGAAGUAUGUCAUCUUUUGGAACAAGAGAGGCAGCAGCACAACCAGCUGAAACACACGUGGCAACGGGCCAAUGACCAGUUCCUCGAGUCCCAGAGGCUACUGAUGAGGGACAUGCAGCGCAUGGAGAACAUUCUCACUUCAGAGCAGCUUCGACAAGUGGAAGAACUAAAAAGGAAGGAGCAAGCUGAAGAUGAACAGAGGAACCUCAGCAAAGUCAAGGAGAAGAAACAGCCCGAGACUGAGGAAGAAAUAUCAGUAAUAAACUCUCAGCCACGUGUGGAGUCUCCUCUCAAAUCUCUCCACACCUUGCCUGAUGAAGAGCCUUAUGGAAAUAGCAUCCAUGGGUCAGUACACUCCUUGGAUUCUGAUCUGUCGACGUCGCUUGCAGGUCCUGCUGUUAAACAAGACAGUGAGUUAUUUCGUGAGGGCUUAAGAAGGGUGCAGUCCACUGACAGUCUAGGUACCUCUGGCUCCUUGCAGCCAAAGAGCUUGGGCUACGGACAUAAAGCAAAAUCUGCAGGAAAUCUGGAUGAGUCGGACUUUGGACCUUUGGUUGGAGCAGACUCUGUUUCUGAGAAUUUUGAUACGGCUUCAGUUGGCUCUUUCCAGAUGUCUGGUUCCUUUACAUUGACCAAAGAUCAAGAAAAAGCAAUUAAAGCACUCACGCCAGAACAAGAGGAGACUGCUUCUCUAUUGUCAAGUCUUACACAGGUGGUGGAUAGUGCCCCUAGUGGAUAUAGAAUGGUCAGUGAAAAAGAAUGGAAUUUACUGCAACAAGAGGUGCAGAAUGCUGGAAACAAAUUAGGCCGCCGUUGUGAUAUGUGCUCAAAUUAUGAAAAGCAGCUCCAAGGAAUCCAAGUGCAGGAAGCGGAGACCCGGGACCAGGUGAAGAAGCUACAAGUGAUGCUACGACAAGCUAAUGAACAGCUGGAGAAAACAAUGAAGGAGAAACAGGAGUUGGAAGUUUAUGUCAAACAGAACUCUGAUGAUACGAGUAACCAGGUGGCUAGACUGAUGCAACGAGCACAGGAGGCUGAGAGCUUGCUUACCAAUAUGCAACAUUUGUUUUCCCAAGCCAAGCGAAGCACCCAGGAGCAAAUGGCGGUGCUUAUUCAGGCACGGGAACAAGUAUCUGAGGAGCUGGUGAGGCUACAGAAAGAAAAUGAAAGUCUUCAGGGAAAGCACAGUUUGCAUUCUUCUGUUCUUCAGGAAGAGAACUUCAUUCCACCGGACACUGUGGGGGAACUACAUGAACUAGUGCAGAAGUACCGUGAAAAUAUCAUCAGUGUGCGGACAGCUGCCGAUCACCUAGAAGAGAAACUAAAGGCAGAAAUCCUUUUCUUGAAGGAGCAGAUUCAAGCAGAGCAGUGUCUGAAGGAGAACAUUGAAGAAACUUUGCAAUUGGAAAUUGAUAAUUACAAAGAAGAGAUUGCAUCUUUUUCCAGUUUGAAAACUGAAAUGGAGAGAGUGAAAGCAGAUAAAGAUCAGUUGGAAGCCAGACUGCAAGAGAAGAGUAAAUACCUGGAGGAUCUUGAAGAAGCGAGGAACGACUUGGAGGAACAAGUGAAGAAGGAGGGUGCUGCGAAGACCAGUCUGGAACAGCUGCUGUAUGAGGAGAAAAACAAAGGUCAGAGGUUGCAGACAGAGCUGGAUGUGAGUGAGCAAGUGCAGAGAGAUUUUGUUAAACUCUCCCAAACUCUGCAGGUGCAGUUGGAGCGGAUUCGUCAGGCGGAAACCCUGGAGAAUAUCCGUGCAAUCCUGAAUGACACGAAACUGACAGAUAUUAACCAGCUUCCAGAGACAUGACAUUAAACCCUGGCAAUUUCAGGGCUACAACGGUUUUUACUAGACCAGACACUUGUCUUUGUAGAAACAUUUUAAUUCUUAUUUAGCUCUGAGGGAACAGAGUCCAUGAAUUAAUAGUGUGCAGUAACUGAGGUGUAAAUGUUUCUAGAUUGACUUUGACUGCAGUUAGAACUUCCCAAUCCAAGUGAAAUUCUAAAGGGGAACACUAUCGAAGUUUUAAAUUUAAAAUAUAAUGAGAUCACCUUGAGUGUAUGCUGUGCUUAAACGUUGAAAAAUCAUUGAUACAAGAAUUCCCACUCGGGGUUGACAUGUCUAACCUCUUGCUCUGCUUUUAAUACCAUUGAUUUAAUCCACUUGUGUACGUACACUAAAACAGCAUCAUCCUAAACGUCUAGCUCACUCUGUCAUUCUCAGAAUUGUAAACCUGUGUUUAACAAGUCUGGUUUUUAAUGGUACUGAUGCCAGAAUCUGCUGGAAUUUAGUCCUGCCAAUCCUUCCUGCCAUCCGACAGCUACAUUGGAAUUGUUAUUUAUCUUAUUGUGUUCCCUGCCAGUUGUACAUUGCAAUUGUGUGUGGUGAACUGUACAUGCAGUAACUCACUGCACAACAAGUUAAAUGAAAGGGACAUUGGAACAAAAUCUAUAUAAUGAUCUUCAUUACCUAAUCACUGCUGAUGGAGGGGAGAAACCUGAUCCACCUUUAGAUUGAGGAUAAAGGUUGGUCCAUUUUAAAGUUAACUACAGUUCUCAGAUUCCUUAUUUCCAAUCAAAAUGCAUUCUGAACUGAAACUUUUAAAUGUUACCAAUUGAAGCCAAAAUUACAUUGGAAUCACAUGAUUAUGUUCAUCACCUUGGUAUCUAAGGCAUGAAGCUGUUUCCGAAUGCAUUGAUAAAAUCUCACUUGCCCUUCCUUAACUGCUUUUUGAAGAGUGAAACUGGAAGUGCGGACUACUCAGAUGAGAACACUCGGGCUGCCCUGAAGAUUUCAUUAUCCUCAUUGUGUAUACACAUGAGCCGAUUUGGCUUUCCAGCACACUUCUGGCUGCAUUUGAAAGUUUCAAGCAAUUACCAUUUGAACUUUAACCAAUAUCCAUCCAAGGGUUCUGUAUACUUGGUCACCAGUGCCCUGCAUUAGUUUCCGUACCCCAAACGUACAGUUUAAACUGCAACACAAUGAGAAAAGUUACUGAACUAUUUUCUUUAGCACAGUUCAGUGUUCAAAGAUUUGGGGUGUCUGCCACCAGCGGGAAAAAGCUGUUUUAAGUUUCAUGCAGAAUUUGCUGUGUUUAGCUGAGACAUUCUAGAAUUGUAACCUUAUUAAAGAUCAACAACGGAAAGUAUUGGUUGUGCCCAGCAGUGGCACUGUGCACUCACAGCAGAGUGUACCAGCCACAGUCAGUGCAGAGAGAUGAGGUUGCACAUAAUCCCAUUGAAUCAUGUUGAGAGGUUCAGGAUUAAGGGAACAAUAAGUCAGCCUGUAAAAGGUGGUUUGCAAUUUCAGAAAAUGCAUUUUAUUUCUACCAAAAUAUUUGUAGAUGAUGACCCUUAUGUAAGAAAAUAAUUAUGCAUUGUUUUAACACUUGUAUCCAUGAACUUUUCAUGAACCUCUUACCAUUACUUUAGGUUCCUUACUCUGUGUCCCUCGGCACUUGCUUUAAAUAGAAAACUAGUACAGUAUUAUAAAAUUGGAUGCCUCGGUCUCUCUGACUUCAACCCUGAUUUGAGUAUGGUGUGUGUGACCUGACUGGCUAAUGGAACCAGAAGAUAUUGUCUGCAGAUUUUUUUUAAGAUGUGUAUAUAUAGUUCCUCUUACCUGAAUUGACCUUAAUUCAUUGAUCAGCUGUUGCUGAUUAAACAACAUUAAAUCCUGGCAGUUAUAAGAACAGUACAGUGCAAGAGUGCAGAGGGAAAGGGGUGAUAUGUUUCAUAUUCCUUUGUCCAUUGUUGGGACUAUCAUGUGCAGUUGCCCUAUAUGAUAGCAUGUCUGUAUUUAUUUAGUCCAGUGGUGUAACCACAUUUUAACUGCCUAUGCCUCCCAAUAAGAAGCUUCUCAGACACUUUGAUACAAGAGCCACGUCUUACUGACACACAUCAUCAGUGUCCUGUUCAAGUGUGGAUGUACAAUUAAUUCUGCUGUUUACAGACUUAAAAUGUAAUCAAUUUAACUAUACUGAAGGUGUCUUUAUGAAGAAAGUGUUUAAAUAAAAUAAAAGCUGCUGGAGUAAA